GACGACUACUAUGUGAAACCACGAAGAAGAACAGCUCCUUUUAUUUCCGGUUAGCAAAAAUGGCUCAAGGUUCAAAGAAGUUUAAAGCUGAGCGGCCAGGAGUCUCGAAGAAACAACAUCAAAGCAAACUGAAAGGACCGAGGAAAGGAGGGAGGGUCAUUGCACCUAAGAAGACUCAAGUGGUUGAGCAACAGAAGCUGAAGAAGGGUCUAGAGAUUGCCAUCAGAAACAAGAUUGAGAAGGACGUGACCCACAAAGCAAGCUUAUCCCUCCACAAGCCACUGAGUGUGGUCAAAGGAGCUGAACGCAAAAGCAAACCAGGAGAAGCCCGUCAAGGAAGCAGCUCCAAAUAGAGCUUGAUACACCGACCUGAGGGUGAGCGUGCUAAACCUCAGGUCUAAGUCAUGGGCUCCGUGAACUACGAUUGUUUCUAGGACUCCUAUUUAAGAUAUCUGCCAGCUCUGUGAUGUUUUUGCUCCCUGAAUGUUUCAGCUGACUUCAGGCUGAAAUAGUCAAGACACUUCUUGCACAAAUUCUAAUUAUUUGUAUUUCAGUUUACAAAGAAAUGUAUAGACUAAGAGAAGAUGCAUUAUUGAAAGGCCAUGUGUCACUGGACCAUGGGAUUUACAUAAACCACCACUAGGGGGCACAAUACGACUUUAUUGACCCUUAUUUGUUAGCUUGUUUUUUGUUGUUAAAAUCUUGAUUGAAACCAAAAUCAGAAUCCAUGAUUAUAUGACCCUUGGGUUGUAAUAUUUUGUUGUAUGAUUGUACAGAAAACACUGAAUAAUCAGAGUAAAAAACUAUGAAUCUUACACCGAUCACUGUCAAGAAUCCUUUGAGAUAUGUUCAAGUGUAAGUUCCAGCCACCACUGAUCAUUUCUGUAAAUAUUUUAAUGGUUAUUAUUUAAGAUGAACAGACUUCAGUUAAAUUAAGGCUCAGAGAGAAGUGCUAUUGCACACGGAUAAUGUUGACAAUCACAGGUGGCUUUCCCAAUUAAGACCAUAUGUUUCAGUGAGUUAUUUAUCUGAAUUUGGAGCCACUGAGAGCCCAGUCCUCCCACAGGCAGCUUCUUUGCUGAAUAUCAGUGACUAAGAAGCAAAACCGAGUGUUUACACUGUAGGAAUCAGAAACAUUAUUUUAAGAGUGGAUUAAUAUCCUCAGAAAUAGCCACUUGCACCUGGUACCUACAUUACCCACAAUGCAACUAGAUGGGCAACAGUUUGAUCAGAGAUUCAGAGUGUUGCGUUAGUAGCAGCGAGUGUAGCCUCGAGCAUCAACUGGAGAUAAGGAGCAGGCUACAGAGUAACCUCACUUCUUUCUAUUGCAACACCAAGAAUAUUUUUUCAUUUUCUAACUUGAAGUCUUCAGCCUCAACCAGCGCCGACUCAAGUGA